GCAGAGACUCGGCUCAGAAACACGUUGAGGACACAGAGAGACGGAGAAGACCCGGACUCUCUCCAGGGGGGACACCGCACGGCGCGCAGCAGGACUCUGGUCUCUGGUCUCCGGCUCUGGUUCUGGUCUCCGGCUCCCAGAAUGUUCUGCGCCCCCGGUUCUUUAUUCCCGUUCCGGAUCACGCAGCAGUCCCCGCGGCGUCCCCACGGACCCUGAAGCCCAGAUGCUCACCCUGUCCGCCGACAUGGACGAGUCCUCGUCUCUGCUGGAUCUGCUGGAGUGCUCGGUGUGCCUGGAGCGCCUGGACACCACGGCCCGGGUGCUGCCGUGCCAGCACACCUUCUGCCGCCGCUGCCUGGAGAACAUAGUCAGCUCCCGGAACGAGCUGCGCUGCCCGGAGUGCCGCAUCCUGGUGGACUGCGGGGUGGACGACCUGCCGGCCAACAUCCUCCUGGUUCGCCUCCUGGACGGCAUUAAGCAGCGGCCCCAGCGAGGGAGCAGCGGAGGAGGAGGAGGAGGAGGAGGAGGAGGAGGAGGAGGAGGAGGCGGCAGGCAGUCCCUGGCCGGGGGCUCGCUGCAGGGGUACGCAGCCGGGAUAUCCACCUCUCCCCCGGGCAGCGCCAUCAGAGAGCUGCCGGUGGCCGUCCGGAGCUCCCCGGUGAAGAACAUCCCAGCUCUGCCCUGUGGUAAAGCUCUCUACUCCUAUGAAGGAAAGGAACCGGGAGAUCUCCAGUUCUCCAAGGGUGACAUCAUCAUCCUGCGACGCAAGGUGGACGACAACUGGUACCACGGCGAGCUCAACGGUUGCCAUGGUUUCCUGCCCGCCAGUUACAUCCAGCUGCUGCGUCCCCUGAGCCAGACGCCGCCGCAGGGCAAGGCUCUGUACGACUUCGAGGUCAAAGACAAGGACCAGGACAAAGACUGUCUGGCCUUCAGCAAGGAUGAGGUACUGACAGUAAUCAGGCGAGUGGACGAGAACUGGGCAGAAGGCAUGCUGGGAGACAAGAUUGGCAUCUUCCCCAUUCUCUAUGUGGAGUUAAAUGAGACAGCCAAGCAGCUGAUGGAGAUCGAUAAGCCCACUCCCACUAACGCUCCUGGUCCCAGCUCCGAGCCGGCUCCGUUGGGCCCCUGCGCUCCUGGCCCCUCCCCCAGCGCCUCCCCGUCCAAUGGGAGCGGCUGUGGCCAUCGGAGAGGAGAAGGGAAGAAGAACGCCAAGAAGAGACAUUCGUUCUCGGCGCUGUCCGUCAGCCAGAGAGCCGCCCAGCUCAACAACAGACACAGUAUGGAGAUCUCCCACCCGGUCCUCAUCAGCUCCUCAGACCCCCGAGCUGCUGCACGCAUCCAGGAUGCGUCCCACCCGGGUCCCUCUCCGUCCUCUCCAGGGGUUCUGGUGCCCCCCAAAGUGGCGUCCAUCACCUCUGAGCUGCUGGCCCACGCCAAGGUGCAGCUGCCACUCAACAUAUAUCUGGCUUUAUACGCCUACAAGCCCCAGAAGGCUGACGAGCUUGAACUUAGGAAAGGGGAGAUGUAUCGGGUGACAGAGAAGUGUCAAGACGGGUGGUUCAAAGGCACCUCACUGAGGACGGCUGCCUCGGGCGUCUUCCCCGGGAACUACGUCACCCCCGUGUCCAGGGCUCCGUUUGGAGCUUCUCGGGCCUCCUCUCUGUCCAGUCCGGUAGGAGGAGGUGGGUGUAGUAAAGUGUCCGACCCGUCCUCCCCGGGGUCCCCGGGGCCCUCCUCCUCCCGGCCCUCCACCCCGCUGGUCACCUCCUGUAACUCCUCCAGCCCCGCCUCCUCCCCACAGACGGCUGCCGCCCAGCUGAAGAACUGCCUCCGCUCCAGCCAGCACACCAACCAGCAGCGCACCUCCAUGCAGCUGGUCCACAGUCCUCCUGCUGGCAGCCCGGAGCGUCCCUCGGUGGCCCUGUCCCCCCUGCGUCCUCAGAGCUCCUCCCCCUCACGCUGCCCCGGCCAAUCAGGUCGUCCUCUCUCCAUGGUGUCGCCGGGACCCAGUUUAGGCCCCUCCCCCCUCUCCUCCCCCGCCUCCAGGCCCCUCCUCCCCCUCUCCUCCCCCCUCUCCUGCCUCACGCCUCCUAACGUGUCCGCGGUGCUCCUCAACGGGGACCCGGCCAGCCCCCUGCAGCCGCCGUCCCCGGGACCCUCCCACGGCGUCCAGGGCGUCCUCGCUCCCAAAGUAGAGAAGAAGGAGAGAAAAGCAGGAGGUUUAUUAAAGCUCCUGUCGGGUGCAGCAGCCAAGAAGAAACCUCGCUCCCCUCCGUCCUCGCCGCCCACCCACGACCCGUCGCUGGCGGGCCACGGCGCCGUGGCAACAGACCCCGCCCACCACCCGCACCACCCCCACCACCACCACGCCCGCUCAGGUUCCUGCCCCAUGGCGUCCCAGGGCCGAGCCGGCUCCUGCCCCAUCGAGAGCGAGAUGGCGGGGGCCAUCGGCCUGGAGCCGCUGCACAGGAAGUCCGGUUCUCUGGACACCAACUUCCCGCUGUCGCCCCCGGCAACACGAGCCGUCAACGCCCUGAUGGUCCUCCGGCCCGAACCCAAACCGCUGUCCAGAGAGAGGUAUCGUGUGGUGGUGCCCUAUCCCCCCCAGAGCGAGGCGGAGAUUGAGCUCCGGGAAGGAGAUGUGGUGUUUGUGCACAAGAAGAGAGAGGACGGCUGGUACAAAGGCACCCUGCAGAGGACGGGACAGACGGGCCUGUUCCCCAGCAGCUUCGUCGAGAGCUUCUGAAGAAGUGGACAAAAGAACAAAACACUGUUCCUGAUUCUGAGUCGCCACACAAACAGACGAGCUUCACAGCUGCACACCAACAUGAAGGAUGGACCGAUAUUGGUUUCCAGUUACAUCUUGAAUUGAAGAUUUUAUAAAAAGUAAUUUAUCUGGAGAUUUUUUUUAGUUGCACAAUAUGAUCAAAAUACAUUUUUUUAAGGUGAACAAUCUACGGUGGCCCUGAGAGCUCACAAAGCUG